AUGGCAUACGAUAAGGAAUAUGGUUUGGAAGAUGUGGAAGAGGAGGAGGAGGAACACGUGGAAGAGGAGGAGGAGGAGGAAGACGUGGAAGAGGAGCAGGAGGAGGAAGACGUGGAAGAGGAGGAGGAGGAGGAGGAGGAGGAGGAAGACGUGGAAGAGGCGGAGGAGGACGAGGAAGAAGUGGAAGAGGCGGAAGAGGACGAGAAAGACUUGGAAGAGGCGGAAGACGACGAGAAAGACGUGGAAGAGGAGGAGGAGGACGAAGAAGACGUGGAGGAGGAAGACGUGGAAGAGGAGGAGGAAGACGAGGAAGAGGAGGAGGAGGACGAGGAAGAGGAGGAGGACGAGGACGAGGACGAGGAGGAGGACGAGGAAGACGUGGAAGAGGAGGAGGAGGACGAGGAUGACGUGGAGGAGGAGGACAAGGAAGACGUUGAGGAGGAGGACGAGAAAGACGUGGAGGAGGACGAGGAAGACGUGGAGGAGGACGAGGAAGACGUGGAGGAGGACGAGGAAGACGUGGAGGAGGACGAGGAAGACGUGGAGGAGGACGAGGAAGACGUGGAGGAGGACGAGGAAGACGUGGAGGAGGACGAGGAAGACGUGGAGGAGGACGAGGAAGACGUGGAGGAGGACGAGGAAGACGUGGAGGAGGACGAGGAAGACGUGGAGGAGGACGAGGAAGACGUGGAGGAGGACGAGGAAGACGUGGAGGAGGACGAGGAAGACGUGGAGGAGGACGAGGAAGACGUGGAGGAGGACGAGGAAGACGUGGAGGAGGACGAGGAAGACGUGGAGGAGGACGAGGAAGACGUGGAGGAGGAGGACGAGGAAGACGUGGAGGAGGAGGACGAGGAAGACGUGGAGGAGGACGAGGAAGACGUGGAGGAGGAGGACGAGGAAGACGUGGAGGAGGAGGACGACGAAGACGUGGAGGAGGAGGACGACGAAGACGUGGAGGAGGAGGACGACGAAGACGUGGAGGAGGAGGACGACGAAGACGUGGAGGAGGAGGACGAGGAAGACGUGGAGGAGGAGGACGAGGAAGACGUGGAGGAGGAGGACGAGGAAGACGUGGAGGAGGAGGACGAGGAAGACGUGGAGGAGGAGGACGAGGAAGACGUGGAGGAGGAGGACGAGGAAGACGUGGAGGAGGAGGACGAGGAAGACGUGGAGGAGGAGGACAAGGAAGACGUGGAGGAGGAGGACAAGGAAGACGUGGAGGAGGAGGAUGAGGAAGACGUGGAGGAGGAGGACGAGGAAGACGUGGAGGAGGACGAGGAAGACGUGGAGGAGGAGGACGAGGAAGACGUGGAGGAGAAGGAGGGGGAGGAAGAAGACGAGGAGGAGGAGGAAGAUGUGGAAGAGGAGGAGGAGGACGAAGAAGAUGUGGAAGAGGAGGAGGAAGACGUGGAAGAGGAGGAGGAGGACGAGGAAGAGGAGGAGGACGAGGACGAGGACGAGGAGGAGGACGAGGAAGACGUGGAAGAGGAGGAGGAGGACGAGGAUGACGUGGAGGAGGACGAGGAAGACGUGGAGGAGGACGAGGAAGACGUGGAGGAGGACGAGGAAGACGUGGAGGAGGACGAGGAAGACGUGGAGGAGGACGAGGAAGACGUGGAGGGAGGACGAGGAAGACGUGGAGGAGGACGAGGAAGACGUGGAGGAGGACGAGGAAGACGUGGAGGAGGACGAGGAAGACGUGGAGGAGGACGAGGAAGACGUGGAGGAGGACGAGGAAGACGUGGAGGAGGACGAGGAAGACGUGGAGGAGGACGAGAAGACGUGGAGGAGAACGAGGAAGACGUGGAGGAGAACGAGGAAGACGUGGAGGAGGACGAGGAAGACUUGGAGGAGGACGAGGAAGACGACGAGGAAGACGUGGAGGAGGACGAGGAAGACGUGGAGGAGGACGAGGAAGACGUGGAGGAGGACGAGGAAGACGUGGAGGAGGAGGACGAGGAAGACGUGGAGGAGGAGGACGAGGAAGACGUGGAGGAGGAGGACGACGAAGACGUGGAGGAGGAGGACGACGAAGACGUGGAGGAGGAGGACGACGAAGACGUGGAGGAGGAGGACGACGAAGACGUGGAGAAGGAGGACGAGGAAGACGUGGAGGAGGAGGAUGAGGAAGACGUGGAGGAGGAGGACGAGGAAGACGUGGAGGAGGAGGACGAGGAAGACGUGGAGGAGGAGGACGAGGAAGACGUGGAGGAGGAGGACGAGGAAGACGUGGAGGAGGAGGACGAGGAAGACGUGGAGGAGGAGGACGAGGAAGACGUGGAGGAGGAGGACGAGGAAGACGUGGAGGAGGAGGACGAGGAAGACGUGGAGGAGGAGGACGAGGAAGACAUGGAGGAGGAGGAUGAGGAAGACGUGGAGGAGGAGGACAAGGAAGACAUGGAGGAGGAGGACAAGGAAGACGUGGAGGAGGAGGAUGAGGAAGACGUGGAGGAGGAGGAUGAGGAAGACGUGGAGGAGGAGGACGAGGAAGACGUGGAGGAGGACGAGGAAGACGUGGAGGAGGAGGACGAGGAAGACGUGGAGGAGAAGGAGGGGGAGGAAGAAGACGUGGAAGAGGAGGAGGGGGAGGAGGAGGAAGAAGACGUGGAAGAGGAGGAGGAGGAGGAGGAGGAGGAGGAGGAAGAUGUGGAAGAGGAGGAGGAGGAGGAGGAGGAGGAGGAGGAGGAAGAAGGUCACGUGGAAGAGGAGGAGGAGGAGGAGGAGGAAGACGAGGAGGAGGAGGAAGAAGACGUGGAAGAGGAGGAGGAGGAGGAAGAAGAUGUGGAAGAGGAGGAGGAGAAGGAAGAAGACGUGGAAGAGGAGGAGGAGGAGGAAGAAGAUGUGGAAGAGAAGGAGGAGGAGGAAGAAGACAUGGAAGAGGAGGAGGAGGAGGAAGAAGACGUGGAAGAGGAGGAGGAGGAGGAGGAGGAAGAAGAUGUGGAAGAGGAGGAAGAUGUGGAAGAGGAGGAGGAAUAA